GUUUUGUCGCAAAAAGGAACUGUCGUAAAGAAUGUGCUUAGCGGCAGCCGUACACACAUACACGUGUAUCCAGAGGUGUUCUGAAGAUAUAUUUUCUAUCAGGAUGGCAAAAAGUUUGCGCAGCAAGUGGAGGAGAAAGAUGAGAGCGGAGAAAAGAAAGAAAGUUGCACCCAAAGAACUGGCACGCCUCAAAACAGUGCUGGGUCAGGGAGAGAAAGGAGAGAUCACCAUGAAAGAUGUCGCUGAGAUCGCCACCUUGGUGCCGCCUGAGAAAGUGAAGGAGAAGCCAGAGGAUGUUGAGAUGCAAGGAGAUGCGGAUGGUGGAAAGAUGGAUUUAGACACUAAACGCAAUAAAAAGACAAUGUUGGACGAUCAAGGACGGUAUCCGGUCUGGAUGAACCAAAGGCAUAUAAAGAAGGUGAAAGCCAAACGCAUGGCUACAAAAGGAAAGCCUAAGACGAAGAAGGGGCUCGCCUGGUAGAUGAACUGAUCUGCUUGUGCACGGACAUUAUGCCUGACACAGCUGUACAGGAGCUUUGCUGUGCAUCUUUUACAUGUGCAGUUUGUACAUUUCUAUGGACUGUUGAUGCAAUCUUCCAGUGUCUGGAAGAGCCAGACACUGUAAGUCACCCGCAUUGUACUACACAACUGACUCUUCCAAUGAAAUAUAAAUUUUUCCUCUCUACUUCAAUCUCUCACUCUGUGGAUCUGCUUUACUUUGAAGUAAAAAUCCAAUAUACCUUUCUGGGGGAUAUAGUUUUAUUUUGCAGUCAACAAAACUGCACAACAUUGAGUCAAUAAAGAGACAAGCAUAAGCCAAGCCAGUGGCUUUUGUAUCUCUCUAUAAGGCAGCAUGGUAUACGUUUAGAUUUAAUCGCUGCACCAACCAAAAUUCUUUAUAAUAGUAAAUUUGAAUUCCGCAAACAACUUAAUGUAUUAGCACAUUUGUAAAUCUUCUGAUUCAGUGCAUAAAGGUUUAGAAAACUGGUAAGUGACAUGACAUUCCUCAUUUAAAACUAUUAACAGCGUUUCAUAAUUACUGUAAUAUUUGACAUCCUAUUAUCUGAGAGAUUACAUGGAAUAUUAGCACUUUUAAAAAUCCAUUUUUCAUAUUGUAGGACUGGGAAUCAGCUAAAACUGAACAUUUUUCAAC